ACACUCACUCCAUCAUUUUUACUUCACAAGGAGCCAAAAACCACGGAACUUUAAUCAGACCAGACGUCUCCUUCUCUCACCACCUGCAACCGGAAAAUGAAUAUUCCGGCGACCACCUCAUCUUUUGGAACUCGCAUUGUUCUCGUCUCCUUCCACCGCCGUCACGUCUUUCACGAAAGACACUAAUCGAGAACACAUAUCAAUUGAGUUUCGAAGUUAUUCGAUCCUUUUUCUACACGAGAGAGAAAGCUCUGAGAAAAUGGAGUUCUGAAGCGUAUAAUUAGGCGGUUCUCAGAACAAUUAUAGCUCUGUUUAGAAUAAAGGGAGACAGAAACGAGCCUAAUUAAUUGAUAGACAUAGCAUGCCUUUCCCGAUGAGGAUUCAACCUCUCGAUUCUGAGGCGUUCGGAGAAUCGAUCCGUAACGAGUCGGUCAAGCCUGUGUUGAAAUCGCGCCUCAAGAGGCUCUUCGAUCGGCAAUUCCCUAGCGUACUGAAGAUUUCGUCGACGGAGAAGCCGGCAGCCGGAGAACCGCAGUACGACAAAGAUGGAGGGGCCGAGUUCGAGCCGAGCUCUGUGUGCUUGGCGAAAAUGGUGCAGAAUUUCAUCGAGGAGACUAACGAGAAGCAAUCAGCUGUCAAAUGUGGCCGCAAUCGCUGCAAUUGCUUCAAUGGAAACAGCAAUGACAGCUCCGAUGACGAAUUUGAUAUCUCUAGUGGCUUUGGAGACUCAAUUCCAACCUCUUGGUCUGGUGAUUCUGUCGAUAUACUCAAGACUCUGAUUCCGUGCGCGAGUCUUGCGGAGAGAAAUCUCUUAGCAGACACUUCGAAGACCGUGGAGAAGAACAAAACUUGCAAGCCAAAGGAUGAUCUAAGAAAAAUUGUCACAGACGGACUGUUCCUUCUCGGUUACGAUGCUUCAAUCUGCAAAUCGCGAUGGGAAAAAUCUUCCUCAUAUCCAGCCGGUGAAUAUGAGUACAUAGAUGUGAUUGUGGAUGGAGAGAGAGUGUUGAUAGACAUAGAUUUCAGAUCCGAGUUCGAGAUAGCUCGAUCAACCGGAGGCUACAAAGCAAUCCUCCAAACUCUGCCGCACAUUUUCGUCGGCCGAGCCGAUCGUCUUCAGCAAAUCGUUUCGAUCGUAUCGGAGGCCUCGAGACAGAGCCUGAAGAAGAAAGGAAUGCACAUCCCUCCAUGGAGGAAGGCCGAGUACAUGAGAGCCAAAUGGCUCUCUCCUCACACCAGAACCACCACCGCCACCGCCACCGCACCACCACCGAACGACGAUACCGACACUCCGACCGAGAACAUUCCUUGUUUGGCAACAACGGAUAGCGACUGCGGAGAGUUGGAACUGAUUUUUGGCGAGAAAACGUCGUCGUUUUCGUCGUCGUCGGUGGAUUUCUCCGUGACCGAGUCCUCAUCGCCGGUGACUACUUCCGGCAAGGAAAAGAAGCCGAUGGCGGUAGCGGUGGCGUCCACGUGGCAGCCUCCGGCGAUCAAACCGAAGAGCUGCGAGAGAGGAGCCAAGAUCGUUACUGGAUUAGCUUCUCUUCUCAGAGAGAGACCUUAAAAAAUUUUGGAAUUUUUUUUUUCUUCAGGUACAAAAAAAUUAUAUAUAUAAAAUAUGAAAAUAGUAUAUAUAAGCAGAGUUUUGGAUAAGCGUACAAUCCUUGUUUUGCUCCCUUCUUCGUUUUUUGCUUGCAAAGGGUAAUGUAAGAGGUAAAAUCUAUGAUCAAUCUAUCUUCAUUGUAGUUUAGCCCCUCUGAAAA